AUGUUGCAGGUGAGGUUUAAGGUUACUUUCUUGCUCCUUCUGUUGGCAGUCAGGUGUGUUUCACAGGAAGAAACUCAAAGUAAAGGCUGUGUUUGUGGUUACCCUGGAAUACCAGGGGACCCUGGACACAAUGGCACACCUGGCAGAGAUGGUCGAGAUGGACUCAGAGGUGAUAAAGGUGAUCAAGGUGAGAUUGGUCCUAUUGGACCAGCAGGCAAGGAUGGCCAUAAGGGAGACAAAGGGGAACUUGGUGCAAUGGGCCCAGCAGGACUCAAAGGGAAAAGGGGGGAUAAUGGAGAACGGGGGCCUCCAGGGAAAAUGGGGCCCCAAGGAGUCCAAGGGCUGAUUGGCCUGAAAGGAAGUAAGGGAGAGCUUGGGCUACGUGGACCCCAAGGAACUAAAGGCGAUAUGGGCCCUCCUGGACCAGAGGGUCCAAAAGGGGAGAUUGGCCUUCGAGGAGACAGAGGCAUUCAGGGACCACUUGGGCCUCCUGGUAGGCCAGGGCCUAAGGGGGAACUUGGUGUUCCAGGUAACAAAGGCAAUAUUGGAUAUCGUGGGGACAAAGGGACCCGAGGAGAGAUGGGUGAUAAGGGUGAGAAGGGAGAUGCGCAGAUUAUCUCUAAAAGUGCCUUUUCUGUGGGACUCACAGUUCAGACCAAGCUCCCAACAGCUACAGCACCAAUCCGGUUUGACAAGAUUAUUUACAACAGACAGAGUCACUAUGACCCGCAGACAGGUAGAUUCACAUGCUCAGUAGCAGGCACUUACUAUUUCACUUAUCACAUCACAGUCUUCUCCAGAAACGUGAAGGUGGCUCUCAUUAAGAACGGUGUAAAGAUUAUUCAUACCACUGAUAACUACCAGAGCAGUGAGGACCAGGCAGCAGGGGGUGCUGUGCUGCACCUGGAGGUAGGGGACAAGGUGUGGCUGCAGGUGGUUGGAGGAGAGCUGUUCAAUGGACUCUUUGCUGAUGAAGAUGAUGACACUACCUUCACUGGGUUCUUAAUAUUUGGGGAUUAA